AUGCAAAAGCCCGGGAGUGACUCCGCAGCUGUUGCGCCUACGCCCACCCCGCCUUGUCAAGGUCGCGCUGUCGGCUUUCUGGACUUAUCUGGGGAACUCCGCAACUACAUAUACGAGUAUGCAGCGGAGGAGAGCACUUUGGUGAAGCUCUCGCACGAACCUAGCCUUACUAAGAACAACAUCGACUAUAUCGCUCAAGAACGUACGCUCCUAGGUCUCACACGAACCUGUAAACAAGUCCGGGAUGAAUUCCUGCCUAUCUACCUCGGAACUACCACUAUCGCAUUUCCAUACUACCAGGUCGAUCAGUACAUCUCCACGUUUGUCGACCCACAACGUGGCACCUUCGACGAUGCGGUCGGUAGUAUUAUCUUGCUGAGGCCAAGGGUUUUAGCAACACGUCUUCCCGUCAAUAUACUCCCAUUGGUGAAAAUCAUCGCUCGGGCGCCACGCUUGGUUGCACGCUUUCUCAACGAAGACACCGAUGACUUCCGCCAAAACAGCUUGUUCAACUCGCUACUCAACACCCAUCACGACCCCCGCUGGGACGUCUACGCAGCAAGCUCGCUUUCUCAGAUCACCAUUAGCAGUCGUACGAAUGAAGGUCUAAAGGCCACAACCGUGGUCAAGAAAGAGUGUGCGGAAAGCUGGAUGGGUCUCAACUUCUAUAGGACACCUAAGUGUCUCGACGCAGCAAUGGCCUGGAGUAAACGUGUUGGUCUCAACAGGAAUAGCAGCAAGUACACUUCGUCCCUCUAUCACUUUGGCCAGAUAGUUCCGGAAGAUUCUGCGACGCCAGCGAAGCUCGACAGUGAAUGA